UGCCCAGUUGUGGCCCACAGCGUCGCACAUGUGAAGCGCCAGCUCACAUUGAAAUAUCUCGCCAACUCGAAUACAAAAGAAGAUACAGAUACAAAGCACCACAGAGACAGAUACAGAUACAUUUUGUACUCACACUCGCACUCGCUAAACGUGUAUAAACUAGUUAUUAUUAUUAUUAUUGUUGUUCGCGUGCUUCGCUGUGUUGAGUUAAUUAGCAAAAGAUAUGUCGAAUAUAUCUGAAGUACGACUCUUGGUUUUGCUGGGACUGUUGUUCCUUAUGCUGUGUGGAAUUCAGGUUGAGUCUAAGCAGUAUAUGCGCUGUGAGCUGACCCGAGUGAUGGUGCAGAGCUACAGAUUCCAGAAAACCCUAAUGUCGAAUUGGAUCUGUUUGGUGGAGCAUGAGAGUAACUUGAACACAAAUAAAGUGACGAGCAAUGAAAACAAUAGCAAAAACUAUGGAUUGUUUCAAAUCAAUAGCAAGGACUACUGUACAGAGGGACGUAAGGGAGGAAAGUGCAACAUGAAGUGUGAAGAUCUAUCUAAUGAUGAUAUUUCUGAUGAUAUUGCCUGUGCCAAGACAAUCCAACAACAAGAAGGAUUUAAAUAUUGGAAGGGCUGGAAGCGGUAUUGUCGUAAUACUCAGAAUCUGCCCAACUUGGAUCUCUCUUGCAAACUGAGCCAAUUCUAGGCUCUCAGAAUUCCCAAUUCCUUUGAAUGAUUUCAUUAGACUUAACAUUAAAGCAAAUUUACUUAAGCUAAAAUUCAAUUUAAAAAAAUCUCAUGAAUAAAACUCCAACUUUAAUCUGAA